AUGUCUUCCAUCUCCAGCACAUCUUCCGCCGGCGCCCAGCCCCGGAGCAGCCAAUCACCACCCGCAGCCAUGAAUCGCGAAACUACCCCAGAGUCUCUCGUGGACGCUGACCAAAAAACCAAAAAGAGAAUUCAGAACAGAGUUGCCCAGAGAACAUACCGCAACCGCAUGAAGCAACGGGUGCAGGACCUCGAGCAGCAGCUUUGUGAGAUGCGUGCUAGACAACAACAGCAGCAGUACUACCCCCAGGACAUGCCUGGUGCCGUCACGCCUGACGGCUCCAUGGGUUUUGUUCCCAAUGCUGGAAACAUGCCCCCCGCCCUUUGGCAGCAAACCAUGUCCCUCCCAAGAACUCCAGGCUCGAUGCCUCAGGAGAUGUGGUCUGGCAUGGCCGUUGAUGGCGCCGCUCAGCCUAUGCCUGAUGCAGUCUCCAUGGCUGGAAACCCCUACAUGAACCGAAACUUUCACCAGCAGCCUCCCUUCAACAACCCGGCUCUGUUGAAUCAUGCUGCCGCCAGCCUUGAUCAGGUGCCACUAAUGUCUCCCAGUCUGGAGAUGCCAGGUGAACCUGCCAUGCAGAGAUUAUACCGCAACGGCAGCGCCGCAUCGACUCCCAAUCAAGAAUCGCUUCAACUGGACGCCCAUUUCGGGUACAGAGGAAGCGUGACCGGUCUCGUCCCGAAAGGCCAAGCCUCUGAAAUCUCCGAAGAAGAUGGAAACGAUAGCAAGCUCUUCAACAACCCCACAUGGGAAAAUAGUCCAGCCAUGAUGUCGCCUACCAGCUCAAGAACCGGAACUGUGGCUCCUCAGAGCGCCAUUUCCACAUCGCCAUGGGGCUCCAUUGCUACUGCUGCUACUGAAGUCUCAGAGGCUGGGUCACCACACCAGUUCUCGAGUAUCGAAGAGCGUUUCGAAUACGUUCUGGAGUGCGCCCGCCGCGUCGGAUUCGACACGUUUGACUCAAUGGCUGCUCAAUACUAUGGCAGCAGCUUCGACCCUUGCUCCUCACUGGCCAUGGACCAACGUCUGAGCCGCAACCGCCACCUUCCUGCUUUGCUCGCCGAGAUUCGGCAGAAGUCUGCUCAAUGGAGCGUGUGGGAGAGACGUGCGUACCAAGACGAGGCGCUCAAGACGGCAGAGGAUAUUUGCGCCAUCGAGUGUCGCGAAUUCCGAUCUAUGCAGGAUCUGGGCGAUGCCAACGCCAUGAACCUAGCCACUAUCCAGCAAAAACUACCCAACGUGUGGACACUGUUGUCUGGCCUAGCCUCUGCCACACCGCUGCAAAGGCAGGGUGACCGCUCACAUCUCGUCUACAACAGCAUCAAGCAGCUCUGUGCGCUGGGUGAUGCAUCUAGUCAUAUGGCUGUGGAUAGCCAGUGA